CUGAUUGCGUUUUAGAACGAUCUUGAAUAAUUUCUUUCUAUGUAGUAUAACCGAGUAUAAUAUUACGUAGGUACAUAGUCUAUGCUUGUUAAUCCGUGAUAGAAUUCCAUUUUGACAUGUUUGACAUACGAUCAACUGUCAAAUUUUAAGAUCUGUGUAGUGACUUAAAAAUAAUAUAAUAUGGAAGCAGUACCAAGAUUGCCGAUGAUUUCUUUCUAUUUAAAAGUAAGCCCGGAACCUACUACCUUCGGUCCGAAGUUAAAACAGUACAUACGAGAUUUUUAUAAUGAAGAUCCUGAAUCAUAUACAAAUGAAAUACAUCAAUUGGAAAGUUUACGUACUAUGGCGGUUAGACCUCCUCUUGAUAUGGCAGGCUGUUUGUUAUUAAAAAAGUAUUAUUGUCAACUACAUUUUCUACAAAGUAGAUUUCCGAUGGGAAAGGACGGUACUGCUGCUGUAACAUUUACAUGGAGAGAUACGUAUGCAAAUAUGGUAUGCUCAUUGGCUAGUAUACGUUUUGAAAUAAUAUCAGUUUUAUAUAAUAUUGGUGCCAUGCACACACAGUUGGGUGCACGUACUGAACGAACCACUGCUGAUGGAAUGAAAAUGGCAUGCACACAUUUUCAAUGUGCAGCAUGGGCCUUCGAACAUUUAAAGAAUAGUUAUCCACAACCAGCUGGCGUUGAUUUAGCGCCAGAGCUAAUGGCAUUCAUGUAUCAGCUUUGCUUGGCUCAAGCUCAAGAGUGUAUAUUAGAAAAAAGUAUGCUUGAUAAUAGAAAACCAACUAUCGUAGCUAAAAUUGCAAGACAAAUUGUAGAUUAUUAUACAUCAACAUUGAGUACCUUAGAGCAAGGAGGUAGUGAAGAUAGUACCAUUUCAGAUACAGUUGGAACAAAAAUAUAUAAGAGCUGGAAGCGAUAUGUCAAAUUUAAAAGAGCAUACCAUUUAGCAGUUACACAUCUGUAUCAAGGUCUUGCUGCAGAAGAACAAAGGAAAAUGGGAGAAAGAGUUGCUUUUUAUAAUACCGCACUAGCCUCUCUUAAUGAAGCACAUUUGAUUUAUAGUAUUGCUAAAGGAUCUGUAGACGUAACAGUUGUUCCUGACGAGAAGGCUGUAGUUGAGGAAGCGCUUACAUUCACGAACGAUGUGAUUGAAGGUAAAAGGAAAGCUGCAAAAAAUGAAAAUGAAUUCAUUUACCAUGAAGGAAUACCAGAAAAAGAAACACUCACUGUUAUCAAGGGAGCAUCUCUGGUUAAAGGAAUAUCUUUUAGUAUAAAUGAUCCAGAAGUUUCAGGACCAGAUAUAUUUGCCAGAUUAAUACCAAUGAAGGUACACGAGGCAAAUUCACUUUACUCUGAAGAAAAGGCUAAGAUAUUGCGUAAUGUUGGAUCAAAGAUCGAAGAAAAAGAUCUACAUUUGAAUACUUUUCUAUCUUCAUUUAAAUUAGAUCACUUAGAUUUAUGGGAUCCUGAUGUUCAAGUUUCCGAAUGGGAACUAUUACCCCUUCCCGAAGAGUUAAUUGAAAGAUGCGCUGCUCUUAAUGCAAAGAAAGAAAUAAUUCAAGAUUUACUUGAUAUUAUGGGAAAAUUAACUGAUACCAGUCAGGACGUCGAGACUGUAUUAAAGGAAAUAAGAAAGCUACUAUUUGAAGAAGAGUUAAAGGAGAAGCAGUAUCAAGAUGCUGUUGGUAAAAGACCACCAACCAUUGUAGCGACUGACUUAACAAGGGAAUGCAAAAAAUAUGAAGAGGCUCAUAAUAAAGCAUUAGAAAGUAAUCAAGCUCUUCAUAAAGCAAUAACGACACAUGUGAAAAAUCUGAAAACACUUGCCCAACCAUUAGCAGAUUUAAUUACUAAUGUACCAUCCUUAAGUACACAUUUAUUAGAUCAAAGUAGCGAUAAAACUCAAAGUAUAAAUAUCGCUGAUAAAUUGCAUGUACAGGAACUGAAACGUAUUUUAAAUAAGGUCGACGAAAUGCGACGACAAAGAAGUGAUCUACAUACUAAAUUAAGAGAUUCGAUUGCACAGGAUGAUCUAACACGUUUAUUAGUUACAGCGACUACUGAAUCAGGUUCUCUCGAUCGCCUUUUUUCCGAACAACUUGAUAAACAUCAAUCAUUAGUAAGUCUUAUAGAACAAAAUCUUGCUGCGCAGGAUAAUAUUUUGGCAGCUUUGACAGAUGCAUAUGCACAAACUGGAGAUGUAAGAAAAAUUGUGGAGGAUGUAUUAAAACGAAGAGAAUUUAUGAUUUCUUCUCUAAUUGCAUCGUAUGACGCUUAUGAAGAUUUAUUAACAAAAGCUAAUAAGGGACUCGAAUUUUAUAGAAAAUUAGAAAUAAAUGUUUCAAAAUUGCUGCAGAGAGUAAAGAGUACGUGCAAAGUUCAAGAGGAAGAACGAGAACAAAUACUUGCACAAGACAAUAAGAAUGUAUACAACAAGACUGAAACUUCAACAUUGACGAAUUAUGAACAAGGUCAAACGCGGAAUACUAGUGGUUUGAAACUGAAAGAUUAUUUACACAAUAGAACGGAUAAUAUUUCUACUCUUUCGAAUCAGUAUUACAAUCCCCAUAAAGGAAUUGGAGGUCCGUCACAAAUGGAUAUACUUCCAACAACAAAAUCAUAUUUAAACAGUACAAUUGAUAAUCAUAGUCAAUCAAUAAGUUCGGUACCAGUCCAAGAAAUACAAACGUCUAAUAUGAAAUUAACUCAGCAGUAUCAACCUUCUAUGUAUGUAGAUCCAAGAACAGCUCCUCAUUAUGCAUAUAAACCUCGCACUUCUACCGAAAACCAGGACAUGAACGUAGCGAUAAGUCAGAAUUACGUACCAACUAAAAAAGAGGAAACACCAAAAAUAUAUCAUCAAAUAGGAACGACCGCUGAUGUAACAAGUAAUGUACCAUACUCUACAACGUUUUUACCAAACGAACAAGGAUAUUGUUCACAACUUCCAGACAUACAAAAUAAGUUUCCUUCUACUUCUGUACCACACUAUAGUCAGAAUAAUACAUUGCAUUACAAUACUUAUCCAAUUUCUGUAGAACAUGGUGAAUCUAUGUCAUCGCAGGAUCCCAAUUUAAUUAACCGUUAUGGGCCUAAUCAAGAUAAAGCUGGUAUAAUGAUUCCAUCAGAAGGUGGUAUAGUGUCACAAAUGAAAGCAGUGUCACUCAAAGGACAUCCUGUAUCUAGUACAGCAGGCAGUAGUACUAGGACACUUAAUAUACAAUCACAAAUUCCUCAAAACAUUGUACACCCUGAACAACAAUAUGCACCAAAAGAUGAAGCUAAAUCUGUUAUUGUCUCAGAAUCAAGUCACGAUAUGUACAGACAGAGUCAGAAUAUAUUAUCCGCCCAAAGUAAUACAGCUAUGCAAAAUUACGCAUAUUCGCAAGUUAGUCAAAAUAACAUACCAUAUGUCCAGAAUUAUUCCAGUGUUGGAUAUAAUCAACAGACUCCUAGUCAUAAUGCGUGCGGAACAACGGAUUAUGCGGCAUCAAUGCCAUAUGUACAAGUGCAGCAAUCAAGCACGGCUGUACAAUCCACACAGCCAUCUACGUCAAUAACACCAGCAUCAAAUAUAAGCGAAGUUCCUGUUUCAUAUCAGUCAGACUUGCAAAAUUCCGCUACUGUUCAAUACAAUCAGCAAAAUUAUACGAGCCAACAACAAAUGCCGCUAAAUGCUACACUUAAUUAUCCAAAUAAUUAUCAAGAUUUAUAUCACGUUACCACUGGAUUAUCAUAUCCGCAGAAUCAUAUAGUAGUAUCUACAAUAUCGAAUAAUUAUCCUUAUAUGAUUUACACCUCCUCUUCAGAAUUAAUUCAAAGCCAUACAAAAGCAACGACCGUACAGAGUUAUUCGCAGCCAUAUGAUUACUCGCAUCAAGGACAUUACACGGAUUAUUCGCAGAAUCCAAAUUAUGUACAACAUCAUUAUAAUCAGGCUUAUUCUUAUAUGCAUGGUAGCCACUCGGUUAAUACAGCUUCUGUAUCGUACCAAACCGAAUCACUUAACAAUGUUUAUCAAUCGCAAGAAAGUAACGCUCGAUAUACCAACGCAAGUAAUAACACUAUGACUCAUACUCCUUCUUCUCAAUAUUCAAAUCAAGAUUAUCAAUCUGAACUUUCGAAUGAGAUAUAUUAUACAACUCCUUAUGGUCUACAAAUGCAAGGUCAAGGAGGGACUUCGACAAGAGUAGAGAACAAUUACAAUCAGACAUACAUGCAAGCAGCUAAUAAUGGGACAAACACGACAAGUUCAAAUCCUGUCAAACCUACAACCAAAUCUGAUGAGCAAAAAUCUAAUGUAGAUCUUUUAUCCGAUCUUGAUAUUACAAUAAAUCAUGCACCACUUGUGCCUGAGGUACGACCUCUUAAUAAAAUACAAGAUGACAAUGAAGAUGCUGCUUCUGUUAAAAGUACAGAUAAAAAAGAGGAAAAGGAGAAUGAACCAAAACAAGACACAUAUAUUCCUGAGAAGACAUCUACUUAUAUUGAAAAUAAAGAAGACAAUGAAAAUCUACAGAUUGUUUGGGAUACAUGGUAUACCGAUGUGCAACCAAAGAAAGAUCCAUUGGGAAAUCCAGAGAUAAUGCAAAAGUUUAUUAAUGACGUAGAAAAAUACGAAAAAUUUGUAGAUAGUUUAUUAGUGAAAACUCUCAGUGGAGCAACGAAUCUCGAUAUCAAAUGGAAGGAAGUUCAAGAUUUUGAAGAACGUGAAAGUGCUAAACAAUCAUGUACAAUCGCAUUGGCUAAUUCUUUGGAUAAUCGUGUUAUUGAUUGCAUUCCUUACGAUGUAACACGAGUACAAAUAUCAUCGCCUGAUAUAUCGUCAUCGUACAUAAAUGCUUCACAUGUAGUAGAAAUAACACAGUGGACUCCAACAGCAUUUAUUAUUACUCAAGCACCAUUGCCUGAUAAAAUUCAUGUAUUUUGGACAAUGAUUUGGGAACAAGAAUGCGAAGUAAUAGCUUGUUUAGCAUCAAAUGCUCAAUUGAAACAGGAAUUGUAUUGGUCAAUCGAUGCAGAUAAUGAUUUUACUAUAGGUAACUUCAUAAUUAAGUCGAAAAAAACUGUGACUCAUACUUUUUAUAUUCAAAGAGUUUUAUCAUUAUAUAAUACCAAAACAAAAUCUGAAAAAACAGUAGUACACAUGCAAUUUCUUGUAUGGCCUUCCAAUGGUUUUCCAAGUAGUCCUGGUGCUUUGCUAACAUUCGCAACUGAUGUGAUGACAGAGCAAGCACUUAGGCGUUGUUCUCCAAAGCCAAUUGUGGUACACUGUGUCAGUGGUGGAUCAUUGAGUGGCUUGUUUCUAGCAGCAGCUUCGACCGUAUGCCAUAUACGUGCAGGUCGUGGAAUAGCUGAUGUACCACUUGUAUUUAAAGGUCUUGUAAAAUGUCGCAAACAAGUAGUGAACAAGGAGUCAUUGCUCUUCGCAUAUCGAAUGGUACUUUAUCAUGCACAAGAUAUUUUAAUGAAACAGCAUGGAUAUAUGACAGGAGGCAUUUUAUCUUCUACUCGAUCUACAUUCGAAGGAUUCGAAAGCCUUAAAUUAAAUAAGGAAAAAUCCAUUAGAAAAACACAUCCUUCCGAUGAUUUUUUACAUAAUCUUAGUGUUGGUGGACAUUCCGAAACCAAGCAAAGAGCUGAUGCACAAGUAGCAUCAACACAUAGCAACACUAUUCAAUCAAUUGCAACAGAUAAAACGAACGAAGCAUUCGUCGAUCCUUUAAGCCAGUUGGAUCCAUUAUGGUCUAUUAGAAGAUAACGUAUGAAAUUUUAAAAAAUUUUAUUUAUAAGGACGAGAUUAUACUAAAACGAUUAAUUCACUUGUUUAUUACAAUAAUGGAAAGCAACAUGUUAAUCCUAGAGACAUUUGUUUCAAUACUGUGAUCAUAAAGCAGUUACAAAAUAAUUGUAUAACGAAAUCAGCAUACCUGAAAUAAAAGACAUUUAUUGUUCAA